UUUUUUUUUUUUUUAAUUCAUUCAGUUUUCAUUGAUAAUCAAAUUUUCAAGCUUCAUCGUCGUCUAUUCAACAGCAAACCCUGGAAAUUUCUUGCUUUAAAAUUCGUAGUCGUUUUAAUUUGGUAUGAUCAAGUAAUCUUAUCGCUUUAAUCUUUCAACACCCUAAUGAUCAUGUUCUUUUUGAUAGAUAUCCUUUCUUUAUGAUGGGGGGAUGUUCAUUAGAGGACGAUUAUGAGUAUAUUUCUCCUGAUCUAACGCUUGUAUUGGUUGUGACGGGAAACGGGAAAACUGCCACCGGAAAUAGCAUCGUUGGAAUGGAUGUGUUCGAGUCAAAGCCAAGUUCAUUUGGUGUAACAGCUGAUACUUCCCUUUUGAGGAAAACUAUGCUGACAGAUGGCCGGAUGCUUAAUGUGAUUGAUACUCAUGGACUAUUUGAUUCUUCUGUUGGUUCUGAUGAGCUUAUUGAGAAGGAGAUUGUCAGUUGCAUGAAUAUGGGCACCAAUGGUGUUCAUGCUGUUUUAGUUGUGUUCUCAGUUUCCUGUGGCUUUUCUGAAGAAGAAGAAGCUGUAAUAGGUAGAUUACUGAGUUUGUUUGGAGGGAGAAUUUAUGACUACAUGAUCAUUGUUUUCACUGGUGGAGAUGAACUAGCAAGUCACUGCAGGACUUUUGAUGAUUUCUUAUAUGAUUGUCCAGAAACAUUGAAGAAAAUCCUUUGCUUUUGUGGGAAUCGUUGUGUACUUUUUGAUAACAUGACGAAAAAUCAAACUAAGAAAGGUGAUCAGGUACAAGAGCUUCUUUCUCUUGUAAACAUGGUGUUAGAAAAGAAUGGUGGACGACCAUGCAAGGAAAUGUAUACUGAAUUUAAGGGUCAAGCAGAAAAGUUUCAAUCAUUGAAAGUGACUAAGCAGUACACUGAAGAUGAGCUUUUAUUGCUGCUAGAGAACAUGUUUGAGGGGAAGUUUAUGCAAAAAAAUGAAAUGUUUGAGAGGCUUGAACUACUAUUGGGAAAAGAACGGGAUGCUCGGUUGACGACUGAAGAGGCUGCAAGAACUGAACAAAAGAGGUUAAAUGAGGAGAUAGAAAACAUAGAAGACUCGCUAGAUAUGAUGCAGUUGAACCUUCUUAUAGUUUUUUUUUUUUCUUUUUGUUAUAUUUUUGUUUAGUGGUAAGUUUGGUUUUGAAGUUAUUAGAUAUUUUCUUUAAACAAUCUCAUUUCUAUUGUACUUGUGACUCGGAGUCAUUAAUUAAUUGGUUUGAGAUAUCAUCAAGUGCUACACCUUCACAAAAUUAAGUCAAAACCUAAGCAACUCCAAAUGUUUAUGAGAUAGCUUUGUUUCUUGAGAUGGGGAAAGAAAUUCAACACAAAUUUUUUUUUUUUUUUAAUUUUAAAAUUUAUAAGAAAUUAGGCCACACAUAAUGAUGUUUUUUCUCGCCACAUGCAUAGAACAAACAGAUUUUACAUCACCAUAGUUGCCUAUAAACUGAACAUUAGCUAGUGACUAAACAAUGCAAGUGCUUGGGUUGUUGUGACAAC